UGCAGAAUCAUUCGAGUUACAAGUUUACACAACACCUUAAUACGAGGUACCCAAGUCGAUGUUGUGCGUCGGGAUGAUCCGAAAGACAUGCGGCUAGUAACAUGCAUAUAGUCCUCCACAACAGUGAUUUGCACAGGUGGGCUGACUGGUAGACAUUGUCGUACUUAAGGAAGUUAUCUACGGCAAACCAUAAGAAUUAACCUCAAACAGGUACCAUGGGCGCUGUUAACACGACCCUCACCUCGGAGGACAAGGAUGAAUAUGGAUGCGAGUAUUUCGCCAGCUUUGAACACUUCCCCUACUCGGAAACGUCCCAUGAAUCCUUCUACCUCGGCCGCUAUUCCCGUGAAGGCAAAUUCAGCUACAAACACGACGACCUUUGUCGCAUCCGAGCCAAGAGACACAAGAUUGGGCGGCACCGCCACUGGGAGAGUCAGGUGCGGAUUGGCCGGGUGGCCCAUGAAGUCGCCAAAGACUUCAACAAGGCGGUGGUCAAGCAGAAGGACACGAUCACCAUCUCAGUGCCUAUCCGAGCCGAGAUGGCCAGCGUGUUCAACGAAUGGGCGCCAGUUGGGAUGUGCCUGAGAUGUUGCAAGCCUCACAAGAAGAAGCUUGUGGUUGGGGAGGUGGUUCUUCUGGAACCCUACUUCAGCAGUAGGGAGAACGAGUAUUAUAGUGACUCCACGGGGUGCUGUGAGAACGAGAACCUUAGUGAUGUAGACAAGGAUAUAACGCAGGCCUUCUCUCAUUACUCCUGGGAACAAAGUGGUGGGAAGUUUGUCAUAUGUGGAUUGAAAGGAAGGAAAAUGGACAAGGAGUAUUAUUUCCGUGGCCCCACUGUUCACUCCAACCCCGUGGCAGGUAGGGGCGGAGAUGAGGGCGGAGAUGAGGGCGAGGUCGAUGGUGAGGGAAAGGGGGAUGAGGAGGGGGAGGAACACGAGGAUUUCGGAGACAAGGAUGAAGGGCUCCUUGGAAUCCGGAAUUUCUUUGUGAAUCACGAAUGCAACCAACUUUGUGAGAAUUUCUCCAAAUUAUGAAUCAAGACGAAGUCUCAUGUGUUUAUUCAGACUCGAACUCGGACAAGCAUGACUCCUUUCGAGUUCAGUGGUAGGAUAUAUUCAGGGGGGCAAACGCUGAUGUCAGAUAUUGACCUCUGAAUCUUCACAUUCCAUUACCAGCUCAUGUUGUAAAUGUAUAUUAUGUCAUCUAAACAUCUCGGAUUUCAAGAUAUCAAUGUUUAAAAAAUA